GGACCGGUAUGCGGCGCCCUGGUGGAUCGAUACCAGAGCAGAAGGGUGUCCAUGGUCGGAGGGAUCAUCUGCUGCAUCGGGGUCACCUCCUCCUACUUCGCCACGGAGAUCCACCACCUCCUCUUCACCCUCGGGCUCACACUCGGUAUCGGGAUGGGGCUGUCCGGGACGCCGGGGAUGGUCAUCGUGUCGCAGUACUUCGAGAAGCACCGCGGCGCGGCGAACGGCAUCAGCGUGUCCGGGAACGCGAUCGGAGGCGUGAUCAUGCCCCCGCUCAUGGAGCAUCUGGUCGAGCAAUACGGCUUUCGCGGGGCCAUGCUCGUCCUCGGGGGUCUCCUCCUCCACGUCUGCCUCGGGGCGUCUCUCUUCAGGCCUCUCCCGCUUAUCCCUCCCCCUCCCUCGAGGGAUUCGCAGGAGCGGCUCAUCGAGGAAGACGAAGAGAAGAGCGAAAAACACUUUUCUGUGGUCGAGAUGAGGAGCGCGCUUCCCUCGUCCAAAUUCAAGGAAGGCGUCUACGUUCGACGGCAUCAUUCGGUCUCCUUGGCAGGAAGUCUCCUGGAGCUGCCGGUGGACACGUCGAGCCAGGUGAUCAACGCGGAGGAGCGACGGCAGGAGGCAUCCCGAGACGACUCGUCCCUCUGCUCCCGCUGGAUGACGAUGAUGCACGACCCCAUGUUCCUCGUGCUGGCGGGCUCCGUCUGCCUGCUCAGCGUGGGGAUCCCCCAGGUGCUCAUCUACCUCCCGCCGCACAUGGAAGACCUGGGGCACAGCAGAGGGAGUGCAAGCCUCGUGCUCUCCAUCUCUGCCGCUUGGGAUCUCCUGGGGCGACUCUCGGCCGGGUUCUUCACCGAUCGAGAGUUCCUUCCUCGGAUCUACUCUUUCUUCGCCGUGUGAGUCCGUG